AUGGCUGUCCCCAACAUUAAGCUCAACAGCGGCUUUGACAUGCCCCAAGUGGGCUUCGGUCUGUGGAAGGUCGACAACGCCAUCGCCGCCGACACUGUCUACGAGGCCAUCAAGGCCGGAUACCGUCUGUUCGACGGCGCUUGCGGUAAGUCAACGAAGAAGCACUUUAUUCCACCCCAGGAGAACAAGCAGAAAACCAUCCGCGUCUACGUCCUCGGCAACGUCGCGAACAUGGGCAAAGAAUUGGAAGCAGGGAACUUUCUCGGAAACGCGUUGCCCCACGACUACGGCAAUGAGGUCGAGUGCGGUCAGGGUGUUGCCCGCGCCAUCAAGGAGGGCAUCGUCAAGCGUGAGGAACUCUUCCUCGUCUCCAAGCUCUGGAACACCUUCCACGAUGGCGACCGCGUAGAGCCCAUCGUCCGCAAGCAGCUUGCCGACUGGGGCAUCGACUACUUCGACCUCUACCUCAUCCACUUCCCCGUCGCCCUCGAGUACGUCGACCCUUCCGUCCGAUACCCUCCUGGCUGGCACUACGAUGGCAAGUCCGAGAUCCGCCCUUCCAAGGCCUCCAUCCAGGAGACCUGGACUGCCAUGGAGGGUCUCGUCUCUAGCGGCCUCUCCAAGAGCAUCGGUGUCUCCAACUUUCAGGGCCAGCUCCUGUACGACCUCCUCCGCUACGCCAAGAUCCCUCCCGCCACCCUUCAGAUCGAGCACCACCCAUACCUUGUCCAGCCUGACCUCAUCAAGCUGGCUGCCAACGAGGGCAUUGCCGUGACCGCUUACUCCUCGUUCGGCCCCGCUUCUUUCAAGGAGUUCAACAUGGAGCACGCCACCGACUUCGUUCCUCUCUUCGAGGAGCCCACUGUCUCUGAGAUCGCCAAGAAGCACGGCAAGACCAACUCUCAGGUACUGCUCCGCUGGGCUACGCAGCGCGGUCUUGCCGUCAUUCCCAAGACCAGCCGCAAGGAGAUCCUGGCCCAGAACCUGGACUGCACCAGCUUCGACCUUGAGCAGGCCGAUAUCGACAAGAUCAGCUCGCUGGACCGCAAGACUCGCUUCAACCAGCCCGCAAACUACUUCCCCACCGAGAAGCUCUGGAUCUUCGGUUAA